UCGGCGCGGAGCCCGGGGAGCAUGCCGUCGCACGCUCGGGGUCUUCAUUAUAGCUGUAGCCACGGAGACAGAUGAAAGAAUCGAUCUCCUCUGAUACUAUAACUAGCAAUCGUCGCGUGGACGCUUUAUGGAUGUUGAUGCCCUCGUGCCACUGGACCCGAAAAAAGGAGAGAUCUCUCGUGUAAUGUUACCAGGAGAAGAGCGGCUGCGUUGUGACAGCGAACGGCGACCCGAAGCGCGGAAUGAGCAGUAAAUGAUCAGUUACUUUAUGAGUUUUAAGGAUGAGGAAAAAAAAAGCAAGAACUUUACUGCUAGCGGGAGCUCUUGGUCUGUUGGUCCUCCAUCUCUGUAAAGAUUUUAUUGACUAUAAAACCAUCCCCCUGCACAUAGAUGAGGGGGGGGGGCAGAGUCAAACAAGGCAACCCCCCCGAACGAACUCCUAUGUAUACUCCUGGCCAAGAUGUCAACAAAAUAUGUCUGCUGCCAACGUCAACGGCUUCAGCUCUCUUCCUGAUGGUGUAAAAGACUUUCUGUACUAUCAACACUGUCGCCAUUUCCCCAUGUUACUGGACCUUCCUGACAAAUGUGGAGGAGCGGAUAAGUCAGCAGAAGUCUUCCUUCUACUGGUCAUUAAAAGCUCCCCUGUGAACUACGAACGCCGAGAGGUGCUGCGCAAAACCUGGGCUAAAGACAGGUUAUACAAUGGCGUGUGGAUCCGGAGGAUCUUCAUCUCAGGAACGACGGAUUCUGGUUUUGAGAAAGAAAGACUGAACAAACUACUUGAACUGGAGCAGCAUGAGCACAAUGACAUCCUACAAUGGGACUUUCAUGACACGUUCUUCAACCUCACCCUGAAGCAGAUACUCUUCCUAGAAUGGAUGGAAAGAAACUGUCCGAACGCUCGCUUCCUGCUAAACGGUGAUGAUGACGUUUUUGCCAACACAGACAACAUGGUCACGUAUCUCCAAAGCCUCAAGGACAACGAUGGAAGCAAACACCACUUUGCCGGCCACUUGAUCCAGAAUGUGGGGCCUAUUCGAUUUGCAGGGAGCAAGUACUAUGUCCCAGUUCAGGUGCAGAAGUCAGAUUCAUACCCCCCCUACUGUGGUGGUGGGGGCUUCCUCCUGUCUGGCUAUACAGCUUUUGUUAUAUACAAUAUGUCCCAGUCCAUUCCCCUUCUUCCCAUAGAUGAUGUUUACAUGGGGAUGUGUCUGGCCAAAGCAGGACUAAGUCCUCUUUCCCAUAUGGGUGUGAAGACCGCAGGACUGCACAUUCCCUCCAGCAAAGUGGAUGGAUAUGAUCCUUGCUAUUAUAAAGAUGUUCUGUUGGUGCACAGAUUCCUUCCAGCUCACAUGUAUCUUAUGUGGCACAAAAUAAAUGACCCCAGUCUGAAAUGUAAUCACUCAAGGAAAUGACUUUAGCAACAUCAAAUUGUAACUUACUGGUGGUGACAGCACUUAUUGACACUUUUCUCCCUGCACGUGCUCUUAGGCUGCGAGAGCAGGCAUGCCCUUCUUAUAUGUAUCCCGGGAAAAGGUUUUUCUACCAGUUUGUAUGAUGAUUGUUACUGUGUAAGAACCAUACAGUUGUUUGUCACGCCAAAAUAAGUAAAACGCAACAACAACAGUAAUUAACAUCUUAACAAGGACUGGGCUUACAGUGAGCUAACCUUUAUAGGAAAACUCCACCCAAAACCAUAGCUUAGCAACCAUGGCUUGUCACAGCAGUCCUGUCAAACUUUGGAUUUCUCCAUGUGCUAAAACAGUGUGCAUGGGGCUGAAUUAAGAGUGACAAUCAGCCCUUUCCAGGGCAAAAAAUACAACAGCCAAAGUGUAAGAAAGAGUAUUUCAAACUUUGUUGGGUUACAGCCUAGGUUAUGUUGCCAUUUCCCCACUACGUGGAAUCGGGUGCUAUCAGAGUGCAUGAUUAACCUUAGUGGCUCGAUCCUGCUCUGUAUUGGAUAUGGAGCUUUAUCCUUGUUUUUUUAGGAUGAUAUCGCGCAUGUAGCUGCAUAUGCUACAUCUCAAUUUAUAAGGCAGCUAGAAACAUUUAAUAGUCAGCCGGUGGCAGAGUUUUCAACUAAACCAUGGAGUUAACGUUAGCUUAGUGCUAGCCACAGCUAACAGACAAAAGCCAUCUAUCUGUGUCUGAAAUCCAUGACCCACUAUAGGAGCCAUUAUAAACUAAAUAUGUGCCGUGCGAGAAUGAAAAGCUUGACGUAGCAACAGUAACUACGGGGGGCAGGGCUUCUUAGCUAAUAGUAAUUUCAUCUUUAUGUAAAAACAUAUCAGUAAAAUUAGGCUUAUUGGUGAAUAUUUAGUGCUUUUCCCCUCAGCAGUGAGUGAAGAAAACAAGAGUUUUAAAAUUUGAUUUAAGUUUUUUUCGGUAUUAUUUUUCCACAGGUUCAUAGUUUAGAUUUAGCUUGUUAUGUGUGGAAAGUGUAGCUUUUCCCCCCAUCCUGGCUUUAAAGAGUCUGGGAGAUGCAGAAGAACUCUAAUCAGCCAAAAUAUGUAUAAACCAAAGUGGACCACCAUGGGUGUGUUGGACCUUUUCAGUAACGCUGAUUAUUAUUUUACUUGUAUGUUUUCUGUAGACACAGUUCAGUCACAUCUCUGGGAGAAAUUCAGGCACAGUAUUUGUUAAAGAUCACGGUCUGUGUCAGUGUCUGUAAACUUUUUUUUUAAUGAUGACUUCAUGUGAGAGAGUAUGUUUUGGGUAUUAGAUAUUUAUGUAAUUUCUGUCGGCUUGGUAGUGUCAUUGUGUUAUUACUGGGCUGGGUGUUGAUCCACAAUUAUCAACUGAAUUAUGACCAUAGCAUAUUCUCCCAAAAACCAUCGACGACUAAAAGUGGGCACCAAAUACUUCUUAGUCAUGUUUGCUUACUGGCUUGACUUGACGUGAGUUACUGUUUGGUCAGAUAUUUAAAAUCAUACUUGUGUUAAAUUUUUGUAAUUAUGAAAACUUCUUGUACACCUGUUACCUAGUUCUAGGUAUGACAAGUGCAGGGCUAUAAAGUAUAAUGUGGCGUCCAAAUUCUUGCAAAAAUAUUCAAAAAUAAUUCCUCAGGGUUUUGUAAGACUAAUGAUGUAAUGUUUUUUAAUAAUCUGCUUAAGUUCAUUUUUUUUCAGUAUAGCAUGUAGCCUGUGUUAGAACAAUAUGUCUAUAUAGACAUUGUUUUUGUGCCUGAUAUCAGUGGCUCUCAACCCAGAACCACUGUUAGAACUGCAAAAAGAUAUUUUGAAGGAUUUAAAGCAUUUAUGUACUAUCAAAUACAACAAUCAUAAUCAUGGCUCAGUCAUAAGGGUACUGGGGGGUCUCCAGUAAAGAUUCAUAUGUAAGGAUUGACUAAAUCUAUUUUAUUUUCAUGCUGCUAGGGAACAGGAUAUAUAUUGUACUUUUUUACAAUUAAACAAUUUUGAGAUGAAAUUGUG